AUGCGAGCCGUCAGAGACCCCAAUUUUUCUAAAUGGCUUUUAAAUAUCGUUGAUGGAGUAAUACCUUUCCCAACAGCAUCUAAAACCCAAUUUUCAGUAGAAAUUCCAAUUUCUUUAAUAUCUAAUGACAUAUUUACGGAUAUGUUUGAUAAUAACUUUACCUAUACUGAUGUUGAAAGAUUUUCUAGACGUGCAAUUCUUUGCCCAAGAAACGAAUAUGUUCGAUUAAUAAAUGAACGCGUUUUGAUGAAUUUACAAAAUGUUGAACAAAUGAGUUUUUACGCGAUUGACUCGGUAAAAAAUGAUGACGGUGUAGAAAAUGAUGAUUUACAAGUCAAUAUUCCGGUAGAAUUUUUAAAUACUUUGAAUCCAUCUGGAUUACCACCAUAUAAAUUAAAUGUAAAAAUUGGUUGUAUAGUAAUGCUUUUGAGAAAUCUGUCGGUAGAUAAAGGACUAUGCAAUGGAACUAGAAUGAUUGUUAGAGCGUUUCGCCAGAAUGUACUUCAAUUGGAAAUUAUUACUGGGGCAUUUUCUGGAACUGUUCAUUUCAUUCCUAGAAUUUCUUUGGAUACAUCGAAUGAUCCAGCACUUCCAUUCAAUUUUGUUAGACACCAGUUUCUAGUUUGA